AUGAACCUUCUUCCCUUCUUCUCUUUGGAGACCUGGGCCCUUUUGCUUAUUUUCGUGGCCCUCCUGGUAGUAUAUGGGACCUGGCCGUUCGGUUUAUUCAAGAAGUUGGGUAUUCCCGGGCCGAGACCUCUGCCUUUCUUUGGGACGUGCCUGGAAUAUCGCAAAGGUUUCUUGGAAUUUGACAGUGAAUGUUUCCAGAAAUAUGGGAAAGUCUGGGGGAUUUAUGAUGGCAGGCAACCUGCGGUGGUUGUCCUGGACCCCCAGAUCAUUAAAUCUGUGCUGGUUAAAGACUGUUACUCCACCUUCACCAACCGCAGGCAUGUAGAUCUAGUAGGGGUGCUGCACGAUGCUGUCUCAUUAGCUGAAGAUGAUCAGUGGAAAAGGCUUCGUACUGUGCUCUCUCCAACCUUCACCAGUGGGAAACUAAAGGAGAUGUUCCCUAUAAUAAAGCACUAUGGGGAAGUUUUGGUAAAAAAUGUUCAAAAGCAAGUGGAAAAGAACAACGCUCUGUCUGUGAAGGAGAUCUUUGGAAGCUACAGCAUGGACGUCGUCACCAGCACUUCAUUCGGUGUGAACAUUGACGCUAUGAACAACCCCAAAGACCCCUUUGUCAGAGAGAUGCAGAAGCUGGUCAAGUUUGACUUUUUUGACCCACUCUUCAUCUUGUCAUUUGUAUUCCCAUUCAUUAUUCCUCUUUUGGUCAAGAUGAACGUCAGUUUCUUCCCCAGUGAUGCUGUAGAUUUCUUUAUGAGAUCCAUCUCCAAAAUAAAGCAGGAUCGUGAAAAGAACACUCACAAGGGCAGAGUAGAUUUUCUGCAGCUGAUGAUCGAAUCCCAGAACUCAACCAGUGACAGGAGCAACGGAACAAAUCACUCUCACAAAAACCUGACCGACAGCGAGGUCCUGUCGCAAGCGUUCAUCUUUAUUUUCGCUGGGUACGAGCCCACCAGCAACAGUCUGUGUUACCUGGCGUAUGAACUGGCCAUGCAUCCCGAUGUGCAGCAGAAGCUGCUGGAGGAAAUUGACACUGUUUUACCCAACAAGGCUCCUCUCACCUACGAAGCGAUGAUGCAAUUGGAGUACCUUGACAUGGUAGUGAGUGAAACCCUUCGACUCUACCCCAUUGGAGGGCGACUUGAGAGAACCUGCAAGAGAGACGUAGAAAUAAACGGAGUGACCAUUCCCAAAGGAGUCAUUGUUAUUAUCCCACCUCAUACCCUGCACCGCAACCCUGAGUACUGGCCAAAUCCGGAAGAAUUCAGACCAGAAAGGUUCAGUAAGGAAAACAAAGAGGCCAUAGACCCAUAUACGUACCUGCCCUUCGGAGCUGGUCCCAGGAACUGCAUUGGGAUGCGGUUUGCUCUCCUCACUCUGAAAGUUGCCAUCACCAUCCUAUUGCAGCGUUUCACCUUCCAGACCUGCAAAGAAACUCUGAUCCCUCUCAAGCUGAGUUCACAGGGACUCUUAAGACCAGAGAAGCCGAUUAUUCUGAAGUUUGUCCCCCGGACUAACUGCUGA